CCUGAGGCCGGCAAAUCGCCCAGUCGGCGGUUGGCUCUUUAGGUAGGAGAAUGUGUGUGGCAGCUAUGGGGUUCCGGUGCGUCUUGCUGCUGUCACUGGUGAUUCUUUGCCUUGGGAAACCGGCUAAGCGGUCUGCUAACGAAGCAUCAGAUGAAGCGCAGAUGAGCGCGGGUGCCCAGGCGUCACCGAGCGCUGGGGCGGCCGCAGCUGGAACGAGCAACAAUCUGGCCCUAAACAAGUGCCCGAGCGGGCAUGAGUGUGUCUCAGGAAGUUCAUGCCCAGUAAACAAUCGCAGACCAAAUUUUGUAUGUUUGGGUCAAAAGGUCUGUUGCGUCAUGGCCCAGCUCUCAGAUCGAUCAAGACGUGAAAUUCCUCCAAGGAGAGAGAAUCGUCCUCGGAAACGAAUCAAUUUCGCCGGGAGACCACAACGUCCACAAAGACCCCCACCCCGCCCACAUGCUCAGAAGGAAAUAGUACAUUAUAUGGACUUCUAUAAUGACAAAUACGAGUCCGUCUACGGACCUAUCCUCUCUUCACAUGCAAAAGAAAUGUUGCACAACUUUAGAUACACUAAGGAAUGCGGCGUUCGACAUGAGAGUCCGGAGUUGCUGGCGAGGGUGUCUUCGGGAUAUCUGUAUGAACGAGGUUUCACUAGUUACGGAGAGUUCCCAUGGCAUGUGGCUUUACUGGUGAGAGAGCGGGUCUUUCGAAGACCGCAGGUUUACAAUCUGCGGCCGCGGGAAGAUGUGCGGUACAAAUGUGGAGGAUCACUAAUUGACGACAAACACAUCGUCACAGCUGCUCAUUGUGUUUUUGGGGAGAGAGUGAACAGGCUUAAAGUUCAUCUUGGUGAGUGGAAUCUCCAGGGAACCACCGGCGAGUUGUUCCCAGCUGUGGAGCGAAAUAUUGCUAGUGUGCACAUACACAGCGGAUUCAACCCUGCUACAUAUGCCCAUGACAUUGCCCUGCUGAAGAUGUCAUCCCCUGUUAAUUUUGCCAAGACUCCUCAUAUUGGCCCGGUUUGUUUGCCUACAAAACCCUUUAAAGACCACAAAAAGUGUUUUAUUGUCGGCUGGGGAGAUGACGUGUACAAGCCAAAUUUCGGCAGCAACAUCCUGCGGUCUGUGUCCGUCCUUUUCACUGGGGAUCAUGAUGAGUGUAGAGCGAAACUAUUUAAUUCUUUCAAGGAUAAUACCCUUGACUCGUCCUUCAAUCUAGACGAAGAGCAUCAAAAGUGUAUUAUUGGUGAAUAUGGGAAAGAUGCGUGUGUGGGCGACGGCGGAGGAGCAGUGGUAUGCCCCCUGAAGAAUGAGGAUGAGCCGGUGCCAUGUAACCAUUAUCGCUGCGCAGAUACACACUAUUUCAUAGCUGGCAUUUUAUCUUACGGUUCGCCAAAUUGUGGAGAGUCUCUACGACUAUAG